AGAAUAUCGAGAUGAAAAGAAAAGCAUCUAUAUUUUUUUCUUCCAAAAUGAUUCAUAUAGUCAAUUUCAAAGUAAGAGCCCGUUUGAAAAUUUAUUAUUAAUAUGUCGGUUAGUAAAGUUUUGUUCUUUUGAAAUCUGAGAGUGUAGUGAAGAGAAAGCAUGGAUGAAGAAGCAGUGGAAACUAUAAGGUGUGAGCUUGAAGACCUAUUGUGCGACGCAAGAUUGUCGCAUUUUCAGCGGCUCGGACGGGCAUCUAUGGUAGAAUUUAGAAAUCUGUUUCGGCUAGCAGCUCCAGCUAUCAUUGUUUAUUUGCUCAACAAUAUUACUUCUAUGUCUACUCAAAUAUUUUGUGGUCAUCUUGGUAAUCUUCAACUUGCUGCUGCUUCACUUGGAAAUGAAGGUAUUCAACUCUUGGCUUAUGGCGUCAUGUUAGGGAUGGGGAGUGCAGUGGAGACACUAUGUGGGCAAGCACAUGGAGCUCACAAAUAUGAAACAUUGGGAAUAUAUCUUCAAAGAUCGACAAUUCUGCUUAUGUUAUCUGGAAUACCGAUUAUGGUGGCUUACUUAUUUUCAAAGCCAAUUUUAAUCUUACUUGGAGAAUCAGAGAAAGUUGCAUCAGCAGCUGCAUUAUUCGUUUACGGUCUAAUUCCUCAAAUAUUUGCUUACGCCGCCAAUUUCCCCAUCCAAAAGUUCUUGCAAGCCCAGAGUAUCGUGAAUCCUAGUGCGUAUAUAGCAGCAGCAGCAUUAGUCCUCCAUCUUUUCCUAACAUGGAUUGUGCUUUAUGUAUUCGAGUGGGGAUUAUUCGGAGGAGCCUUGGUUUUAAGUAUUUCAUGGUGGAUAGUAGUCGUAGCGCAAUUUAUGUACAUAUUGUGGAGCGAUAAAUGCAAGAAAACGUGGAAUGGAUUUAGUUCGCAAGCAUUUUCUGGGCUGUGGGAUUUUUUUAAGUUGUCAGCUGCUUCAUCUGUGAUGUUGUGCUUGGAGACUUGGUACUUUCAGAUUUUGGUUUUAGUUGCUGGUUUGCUUCCAAAUCCUGAAGUUGCAUUAGACUCGCUAGCUGUUUGUAAUACAAUUCUUGGAUGGGUGUUCAUGAUAUCUGUUGGGUUCAAUGCGGCAGCAAGUGUGAGGGUGAGCAAUGAGUUGGGAGCAGGGCAUCCAAAAUCGGCCUCAUUUUCAGUUUUGGUGGUGACAUUGAGCUCAUUUGUGAUUGCUGUAGUCGCUGCCAUAAUAGUGAUGAUGUUUCGGGAUGUGAUGAGUUAUGCAUUCACAGGAGGCGAAACUAUUGCUAAAGCAACUUCAGAACUUGCACCACUCUUGGCUGCCUCUAUAAUUCUUAAUGGCAUUCAGCCUGUUUUAUCUGGGGUGGCUGUUGGGUGUGGAUGGCAAGGUUUUGUGGCAUACGUUAAUGUGGGAUGUUACUACGUUGUUGGCAUUCCAUUAGGUGUUCUUCUUGGCUUCUACUUCAAACUCGAAGCUAAGGGAUUAUGGCUUGGCAUGUUUGGUGGAACAGCAAUGCAAACUCUUAUCUUAGUAUGGGCCACUGUUACAACCAAUUGGGACGAAGAGGUGGAAAAAGCGAAAAAACGAUUAGUUACGUGGCAAGACAGCAGUAAAAAACCAUUGUUGAAUGAAUCAUGAAAAAAAUAAUAUGGGAAUACAUUAGUGGAUUUUCUUUCUUUCCAAUUCAUAUUCAUGUAAGUUCUACCAAAAACAAAAACUUUUGUAAUCAAAUUGACUGAAAAUAUGCGAAACUAAACUUGGUUAUAGGUCUAGUGGAACUAAGGAUUGAUGCGCAUCUAUACUUUCCAA